AAAUCUACUUAGUCUAUCUACAAUUCAACUCGACGCGGUCGCCCGUCAUCGCCUCUAUCAGACUCGUGACGUCAUGACAACACGGGAGAAAACUGAAGAAACUGAGUCACCCUGACCAUCUGAGCGGAUACUUCCAACUGUCCUCCCAACACGACCCUCCUACGACGAGCAAAGAGGCUGUGUCAUGAAUAUAUGGCACCACCUACUGAAUCACCCUCGGAAACAGUGUUGCAGAAUGACAAGGUUCCCAGCUUCCCUAUAUAAUGGUACAGACUCAGUGUUCAACAUAGAAGCUGAACCGAAGCUUACCUACCUACAGUUCUAUAUCUCAGAGAAAGAAACAUGCAGUCCUCCAUCGCUCUCCUGUGCCUCGUUGUCCUGGUGUGCGUGCACUCCAGCGUGACCGACACCCUGGACACCCUGGACACCCAGGACACCCACCUGUCACGUCAUAGACGGGUGAGGUCUGUGGGUGACAUCGUGGACGGACUGACCACCAAGUUCAGUAAAUAUCUGUCAUCUGUUUUCGACGUGGACGAGGACGACUUCAAGGACAUCCUGAAGGCGCUGGGGAAACUGAAGUUGGCGGUACUGAAGGCACUCCUGAAUAAAUUCUUUGACUUGAAGGACAAGCACCACGAUUUUGGAAGCGCAGAAAAUUUCCAGAGAGUUUCCCAAAUGAUGGAAUCCUUGGAGGCAGAUAUUCAACAGCAGGAGGCAACCAGCGGGGUCACCCAGGACACCCAACUGUCCCGCCCUGUGGAUGGCAUCGUGAAUGGACUGACCACCAAGUUCAGUAAAUAUCUGUCAUCUGUUUUCGACCUGGACGAGGACGACUUCAAGGACAUCCUCAAGGCGCUGGGGAAACUGAAGUUGGCGGUACUGAAGGCACUCCUGAAUAAAUUCUUUGACUUGAAGGACAAGCACCACGAUUUUGGAAGCGCAGAAAAUUUCCAGAGAGUGUCCCAAAUGAUGGAAUCCUUGGAAGCAGAUAUUCAACAGCAGGAGGCAACCAGCGGUGUCACUCAGGACACCCAACUGUCCCGCCCUGUGGAUGGCAUCGUGGACGGACUGACCACCAAGUUCAGUAAAUAUCUGUCAUCUGUUUUCGACGUGGACGAGGACGACUUCAAGGACAUCCUGAAGGCGCUGGGGAAACUGAAGUUGGCGGUACUGAAGGCACUCCUGAAUAAAUUCUUUGACUUGAAGGACAAGCACCACGAUUUUGGAAGCGCAGAAAAUUUCCAGAGAGUUUCCCAAAUGAUGGAAUCCUUGGAAGCAGAUAUUCAACAGCAGGAGGCAUCCAGUGGGGCACCUGCAGCUUACGUUACCAUGACGUCAUUGACAAUUCCACUGCUGCCAGUGAUAGCUAAAGUUUUAAACUGACCUGUGAGGAAUAUGUUAUAUUCAUUUGUGUGUUGAUGUCAGGGAAAUAAAAAUUCGUUUUUUUAAACAA